AUGGCGAAUGAACUCCGAAGCGCCGUCGGGGGCACGGCACUCCCGCUCGAGGUCGGACGGCGGGCGCACGCCAGCCGCCCGCAGCUGCUCCCAGCUCUUGGCCAGCGUACUGCCGCCGACCACGGCGACGAGCUAAGCGGCAGCGCCGAGCACGUCGCGGGCGGCGCCACCCAGCACAGGCAGCGGGAGCGCAUCAGGAGAAGCAGGCACUGGGACAGCCCGAGCCGCCGCCCGCUUAGUGACCUCAGACAUCAAGUCCGCAGUUUCGCCGACAGACCGGGCCCAGGCCACAGCUGCGCCAUGCCGGACAGGGAUGCCGCCUUGCCGAAGCAUGGGAAGAGGACGCGCCGGGAGCCCGGCGUGACAAAUGCCGCUUGA